AUGGGCAAUAUCCAGAACUCUUCUAUUGUGAAUCAGAUUCUGCCUAUGGAAUCUUAUCUAUUAGAUGUCCCAGAGUUGAGAUUUCUUAAAAGUCUCGGAACUACACGAUUCAUGAAGACUGGACUAGCCGAAAACAAAGAUGGACUCACUGCUUUUAAAUUAUUUGUAUAUGACAAUCAGCUGAUGAGCAUUGACAACUACAUUGAGUUAAUAAAACAUUUAAGACGACGAUCUAAAGAGUUGUCUAACAUACUACCUUUUGUGAAAGUCAACGUAAGUAAUUACUUUAUCAUCAAAUAUGUUAUGUAUGGAAGAGGUUGUAAAUAAUAUUCAUUGAAGCUCAAGGGUAUGAAUAUUUGUGUUUUAGACAAGAGAGAGGUUUGUAAUCUUACAUCGACCUUAUCGUAUGUUUACUUUGUACGAACGUCUCAGUACACGGCCUUUUCUAUUGAACAUAGAGAAGUUAUGGAUAGCAUUUCAACUCAUCAAGGUAUUGGGACAACUAAGAAUGGCUAUUUUAACACACGGGGAUAUAAAGUCACAUAAUAUUGUACUUUCAAGUACGAAUUGGCUGGAACUCACUGAUUUUGCGCCAUUUAAACCGGCUUUUGUGCCUUAUGUAAGUGACAGUUUGAACUAUUGGUUUUUAGAUAAUGCGACCGUACAAUAGUUAGGUUAAAACAUGAUUACUUUUCAGGAUAAUCCAUCUGCUUUCACCUACUUUUUUGACACCAGCAGACGUCGAACUUGUUAUUUGGCCCCAGAACGUUUCAAACGUGCUGAAGACUUAUCUUAUUCGAACAAGAGUAUCAGCGACAUUGCCAAUAUUUCCGAAGGUCUUACUCAUGAGAUGGAUAUCUUUGCCAUGGGCUGUGUUUUGGUCGAGUUACUGACAGAUGGCAGAUACGUUGCCUUCAACUUGUCACAGGCCAUUGACUAUACACGAUUAGACGAGCAUGUCACAAGAGACUACCUCGAGAAUUUACUGAGUGUAUGUCCACCGGACUUUGCUGAUGUUUUGAGGACAAUGUUGGACCGAGAUCCUGAGAAGCGACGGAAGGGAUUCGAGGAGAUGGCACCAUGUUCUUCUGAUACAUUUCCAGAGCUUUUCGAGUCUUAUUUGUACAACUACUUUAAGGAACUGUCACAGAUUAAGGAUCCUGAUCAAAUCAUUGUACGGUACGUUUUGGUUUUUUGUAAUUUUAGGUAACAAUUUUUUACACGAAACGGAACUGUUGUUUUAAAACAAACUAGUUUUCAGAUUAUUCGUGGAAUAUCCAAAUUACAAAGAAAAUAUGGAGAACGACAAGUCGAGUUGUGUUGUCUUACUUAUUGGUAUGGUAACGUCGAACAUGCGAGCCUGUAAAGCCCUAAGCACGAAGAUGGAUGCGGUUCAUUUACUGAAGAGAAUGUGCAAAUUGGCUACGGCUGAUGUCAUUACUGACAGGAUAAUUCCUUAUUUGGUAUGUUUAUGCGUUUAUGUGUUUAUUGGUUCAAUGUUUUGUAUUUUAUUGUUUUUGUAAUUCAUUUUUACCUUUUUUGUUCAGUUUUAAUGAUUUUUAUGGUUAUGACCUUUUUAGGUGAACUGCUUGAACGAUAACUAUUCACAAGUACGAGGUGAGGCCUUGUAUAUAAUUACAGACGUUUUGGAAGAUUUGAAUGAUAUACCUCAAGAUGAAAGCCGAUUGUUGGUUGACUACAUAUUUCCACGAAUGGUAAGAUUUCAAACUCAUUAUUCUCUUAAUAUUGUAAUCAAAUUAUUUAAAAUUUGAUGUUCAAACUAAAAUUUUUAGAAGCAGUUAACAGAAGACUCGUCAGACUAUGUGAAGAUGGCGUUAGCCUCAUGUCUGGGUCGUUUGUCGAUGAUUUCUCUGAAGUUCUUUGACGAAUCUUUGUCCAAACUGACACAAGAAGCCAAGUUAAUGUCAGAUCAAGAUCGUGAAUCUCAAGAAGAGGCUGUGGAUACUUUUGCUCGUACUGAAAGAGUGGCAUUACAAGAAGCUGUCAGUCGAAUCUUUGUGAAUCUAAGUGAUUCUUCGAAUACUGUGAAGCAGUGUUUGUUCGACAAGGUCAACCUCAACUUCUUGUGUUCUUUCUUUGGCUGUAGUAAAUGUAAGUCAUGCUUUGUUUUUAAUUGUUAGGGUUACAAUAAUGUAAAAAAAGGUCGGUAUAACAAAUAUUGUUUUAGCGGUAGAUGCGGACGUUUUGAUGCACAUGAUAGCUCUACUCAAUGACAAAUACGAUUGGCAGUUACGUGCUGCUUUCUUCAAGAGCUGCUAUACUGUAGCCAAACAUUCAGAUCCUCUCCAGAAUUCAACAUUGGUACCUUUUAUUCAACAGGUAAGAUUAUACUGUUAUAUUUGGGAGUACAAAAUGCGUUUUACAUAUAAGUUUAUUGUUUUAGGUAAUAAUUUUUUUAAUUUCGAGAUUAGUGAAUUUAAAAUUACGUUUUAGGGACUGAAAGAUACGGAGGAAUUUGUGAUUUAUGAAACAUUGCACUCACUGUACUCUUUAUGUAACGAUAGCAAGUUGGAAAAGCCUGUCAUCGUGGAGAUUAUGAAAGAAGUUUGUCCGUUUUUGGUACAUCCGGUAAGCUUUUAUACUUACUUAUGGCUCUUUGUACAAGUACAUCAUUUUAUCAUAACUUAUUUAUUUUCUCUUUUUCAUGGCAAAAUUAUUUUAGAACAAAUGGUUAAGAACUCAAGUGAUAAAUUUGCUGUCCGUACUUGAUGCCAGUUUCACAUUGGCUGAUAUGUACUGUAAAUUGAUGCCAUUAGUUAAGAAGUACCUGAAACAACCGCUGAUACGAUUGAAUGAACGUGCCGUUGUGUCAUCGUGCUUGAUUAAUCAAAUUUCGCGACAAAUAUGGGAUGUCGUAAUCAGUAAGUCUAGUUUUAUUUACUGUAUCUUUUAUUUUUGCUUUGAUAAAACAUCUAGUACAAUUUUAGUGUUUUGUUUAUACUUUUUAAAGAGUAUAAAGUUCCUAUAAAAUACAAGUCUUGCUAUUUUUAGACAUGGACAACAUCCAGCAAUUUAUCAAAGAAUUGGACGAUCGAAGAACGUUGGAAAAGUUGGGCGGAGGCCGGGCUUCGAUCUUCUCAGCUGGAUCUCCUAACCAAGAUACGAUGGCUAAGAAUGUUAGCUCACAGAUGGAUAUGAUGAUAAAGAAGCUCAAGAACUUGGGUCUUAACGAAGAAGUUGAAGAACAACUUUUGUCAUUCAAGUUUGCCUUUAGCAAAUGGGAUCAGUCCAAGAAACGGUGUGUUUUAAGGUUUUAAUUGUAAUAAUAGUUGUGGUUUGUAUGUUAUAUUUGAUGAAGUCGUGUAAUGCGAUAUGAAGUUAUUAUUCGUAAUUUGGUUUUAGUGAUGUAAGAGUAACAAAGAUUGGUUCAAAAGUGCGAUUACGAGAGUUGGACGGCGUCAAACCAAGGAUUUUUGACCUGGAAGAUGGAGUUCACAAACUGAGUUCAAGAGUACGGUUUUAAACAACGCUAUGUUAUUUUAAACUAGAUUUAAUUGAAUAUAACAUAUUUUACUGUAGAUUUCAUUCUUUACUUAUUGCUUCAGAGUGUAGGACAGAUGGUGUUUGUAGGUCAAGACAUAAAUAUGUCCGAAGACGACGAUUUGCACCUGGAUCUACAUGAUAGGGAUGCUGGUAAGUUAAAUAUUGAAGUAAUUAGGGUUUUUCGUAUUUUUAAUAAUAUUUCUUAUUUUUUUGUGGCUUACAUUAAUAUUUUAAAUAUGUUGUAGUUGGUGGUUCGAAAGUUCACCUAAUUGAGGCUUUGGACCAUAAAAGAAACAGGUAUAUGGAACAGAAGAAGGUGACCAGCAGAACAUUAUCUCGGAAGUCUCGCGACAAAAACGAUGCAAAUGCAAUUCCAGUUCAAAGAGGUACUGUCUUGCACAACUCGGCUAAAACCAUGAAUGCCAUGGCCAAUGCUAUGAUAUCUACCAGAGCUGACAGUCCUACUUAUGCCAAACGACCAGAACUAAGGCUUCAAGCCAAUCUACAUGAACAUUCAAAGGCUGUUUUGAAGUGAGUGUUGGUGUUAUUAUUAUUUAUAUUAUCAUUGAUCAAUUCAUGUAGUGUAUUUUUCUAUGAAAUGUUGUCUUUGAAGGUAAUUGAGCUAUGAUUAACGUCAUCAUUUUAACGUUUCGUUUUGGAAAAAGUAUAAUAUGUAAUUAUGAUUUUAGGCUAGCCGCACAUCCUCACAAAGAAGUGUUUGCUAGUUGUUCUGCGGACAAUACAGUCAAGUUAUGGUCUUCACAACAGUUUCAUAUGCAAUCCACUCCGGCUAUUGUAUCCACCGACACCUUGGACAAUGGUAAGUCUUCUUUUAUAGUGGAGAGCCUGAAAUUAGGUUCUCACUCACUUAAGAGUUACCUUGAUUUGUCAUAACUUAAUUUUACCUUUAGCUAACGGAAUAAACUCGCUGCACUUUAUGAGAGAGGCCAACUCUUACUUGAUAACUGGAUCUUCCAACUGUGAACUCUCCGUGUACGAUACGAAUCAGCUAAGGCUACUACGUUGUUCUGUCUUGGACAAAGAACAAGAAGGUCAAAUUGUAGAAGUUUACGGAACUGACAAUCUGGCUUUUGCUCUGACACAUCACAGUUCGGUACAUUGCUUUGACUUAAGGUAAGUUUUAAAAUUAAGGAAUCUACGGGCGGGCACGUAUGAAACAAUUUAUUGUUGUUAGAUAUACUGUUGCUAAGAGCAUUUUAUCGACAAAAAUCUAAAUAAUAGUAAGAUUACAAUACUAUUGUAUUUUAGAUGUCAUAAGAACGUACGUGACAAAAUCUCCUUGGAAUCCUUGUAUUCGAAGAAGGCUCGAAACAGUUGUGGGUUGAUAACUGGUUUCACCGUGGAUCCAAACUUUGGUCAUUGGAUGUUACUUACCACUAGUUCGGCUACAACGUGCAACAUCGUCUUGUGGGAUUUGCGGUAUGGUUGACAAGCACUAUUAUCUUUUAUUUUCUUACUCUAAAUCUUCUUGUCAGAAAAGAAUAGAUAAUAAAUUCGGUUUUAGGUUCGGAGGACUGGAGGUGGCUAGCUGGUCGCACCCUUCACAAUCCGCUACACCAUUCAGAAGUUGGUCGUACGUCUCUUCCACAGACACUACAGCUUACUGUAGCCAAAUAAUCACCAACUCUGCCAAAGAUGGAGAACUUUCGAUAUGGGAGUUGGGCACCAAAGAUCGAACUGACGUUUUGUGGCCAAGUCAAAAGCAACCCUUCUCUUACUCGGUAGGUUUUACUAUAAUUGUGUCAGGGGGUAGACAAUGUUAUUUAUCGUGAGUGUAAAAUUCGUCUAUUCUUUAUAUCACGAGGUUUUAUACACGUGACAAAGUGUGUAAAGUGGUCAACUUUCAGACAGACUUAUGUACCACAGCUGUCGUAUCUUGCCCUCAACUCAACGGAAUCUUCACCGGAGAUUCAGAAGGCAGUCUGAGGUACUGGAAUCUGGGGGGUCAUUGUAGCGCGUCAAAUUAUCUUUGUGGACCGUAUAGGAAGCUGGUUGAUAAUUGGGUACCACCUCCUAAUGAGAAGUCGGUGGACAGAAAGUUACCCUCCCGUUUCGAGUAUUCGUACAUUGACAUGCCCAACAUGAAUCCUCGAGUUCAGAUCGAGAACAGGGUACCAGGUGCUUACGCUGAAUCAGAGUUCUUGUCGUCGACUCAAGUUAGCGAAUGUCAUCGGGACGCUAUUACGGAUCUUGUAGCGGUAGGAUCAGAUCAGUUGGUAUCAGCUGGUCAUGAUGGUGUCAUCAAAGUGUGGAAAACGGUCGUUUGA